CCCACAUGUAAACAUAGGCAGCUGCCAGAGUUUAAAAAUCAGUCUGUAGCAGAACACAAGGAAAGGUCUUUUUGUUGUCCUACAAUCAUUUCAUUCUUUCUAAUCUACUAGAAGUAUGGCAGAGCAAGUACCACCCCAGGGAACAGACCCUCCACCUCAGGGCCCUAAAAAGUGUCCCUUUACACCUGAACAAAGGCAUGAAAUUAAAAAAAUCAUGAAGGAAUGCAAAGAGGAAAGCUUUUGGUACAGAGCUCUGCCUCUGUCUCUUGGAAGCAUGCUUGCCACUCAGGGCCUCGUUUACAAAGGAUAUCUGUUGGCAAACAAAAGGUUUGGAUCCUUGCCAAAAGUUGCUUUGGCGGGUAUCCUGGGUUUUGCUGUCGGAAAGAUUUCAUACAUGGGAGCUUGCCAGAAAAAGUUUCAAAACACCGGUAUGGAUAAAAUGUUUCAAGCUGGCUUUGUUCCUGCCAUUGGUUGUGGAUUCGGUCCAAGAUUUUUCGAAAAAAGUCACAAGCACUGUCACCACCACUGUGAUGAAUGUAAGAAGAAAUGUGCAGAGGGAUGUAUGAAGAAUUGCUCAAAGGACAAGGAACAGCCUGCGCAGCCCACCUCUUCUACUUCCUGACUUCAUAAAGGCAUUCAAUCAUCCCUGAGGAAGAGAUUAACGAAUAAGUCUAGAAAUGCGUUGGAUGCAUGAUGCUCAAGCAAACCAUCUGCUGAAUAUCCAACCCUCCGAAGAGAUAUGCAACAUUGCCAAAGUAUCAACUGCAUAUUGAUGUGUACGAUGGAUCUUGGCCUAAAUAUGGCCAUGUGUUUUUUUAACAAGGC